AUGACAGAUAGCACUGCACCUCAAGGAAAGCAAAAUUGGAUUGAUUUAAUUGAUAAGGACGAAGUUUAAAAAGCUCAAUCAAGAACAGAAGUUAAAACCUAUAUCCGUGAAAAAGAUGGAGCAAAUCCUAAUCAAAAAAUAAGAGAAACUGUUAAAGUAGAGAAGAGAAUUUUCCCAAUUAAAAAAGCUGCCAUUGCAAGAAAGAAUAUGAAAAAAUUCGGUGAUGUUAGCGAUGUUCCUAUUGGAAAACACAAAUAGGGAGAUUAUACUGCUUGUGCAGAAGUAAAUAUUGAAACUCAACUUAAUGCUGAUAAGGGUGAAAUUGAUAUAGUUAAUAAGUUGUCCAAAAUCAAUACUCAAUCAGUUAAGAUGAAAAAAGAUCAAUAAAAAUUGGAAUAAGCUUAAAACUCUAAAGAUACUAAAAAUAAUGGAGGUUCAGCUCCUUAAAAUAAUGACUUUAUUGAAGUUACUGAUAAAUCUAAAAAAUCUUAACCCAAAACUCUUGAUUAAAUUAAGUUUGAACAUGAUAGUGAAGAAUACACUGUAGAAAUCACUAACAUUCUUAGUUUCUACAAUGCUAAAACUGAAGAAAAGAUUCAAGAGGAAGAAAAGAACUUCAGACAAUUCUUGGAAGAAUUCUGUGGCAAGAACUCUCACCUUAAUAAAUACUAAGUUAGAUUCCCUAAAAAUAAAAAAACUAAAGAACUUAUGGCUAAAGCCUUCAUUACUUUUUACGAUAGAAACAACGCUGAAAAUCUUAUUGACGAAAUUGAUGGAAUCGAUUAUGGUGCAUCUAUUUUAAGUGCUGACUGGGCUAGACAAAGAACUGGUGGUGGAAGAAGAUGA